AUGCCAGGCUUGGCAUUUGACAUUGAAAGAAAUAGGCUAGGCCAUGGAAAAGGAUACUAUGAUAAAUUUUUAGCUAAUUGUCAAAAACUAUCAAUAGAAAAUAAAAAAAAUCUACCAAUAACCAUUGCAAUUGUGCUUGAAAGUCAAAUACUCAAAAAAAUACCAACUACAAACUAUGAUAUAAAGCCUGACAUAGUUUUAACUCAUAAUCAAAUUUUUACGAAGGAUUGA